UCAACAUCGCCGCUACUACAUGCCUCCAGUACACCAUUUUAAAGCUCCCCUACUCCCUAAGCACAUAUAAGCACACCUAAACCAUCAUGAGGCGUGCCGUACUGAAAAUCAUCCCCACGCCGAAGUUUCUCUCUGGUUCUACCGAGCCACUCCACUCUUCCAACUUUCGCAUAGACUUCAACUCCGUGGCCGAUUUUUACAUCCAGCUCGAUAAACCGCAUAAGACAUGGCUCCCUGGCGAUGAAGUGCCCGGCAAAAUCAUUCUUAUCUCCAAGAAGAAUCUCGCCAACAUCGUCAUCACUUUGUCAUUAAUAGGUUAUGUGAAAAUCAACGCUCUGUCGCACUCCAAAUUGAGACCUAUAAAACACAGCUUGUUUGACCACACGAUAAAGAUCUAUGGAGAUGGCCUACUGCCAGAAGCUCUGGGUUCUGUAAGCGAAGCAGACUUCACCAACGGCUUGUACAAGGGCGAGCACGUCUUUCCUUUCAUCGUCAAGCUUCCUAACAAAAGAGUAUUUACCUCUAUCGAUUUCGGUAAGGGUUCCAUCAGCUACAUAUUGAGAGCCUCUCUAGGAAAUUCAAGCUCAUACACAACCACAGGCGCAUCAACUACAUCAAUAUCAACUUCUUCAAACUCGAUCCAGCCUACUUCCUCCAUCUUUGCCAAAACAAAGUCGUUGAAAAUUCUCCAGAAUCCCUCAUACACUUCUGAAAAACUUAUUCACUUAGUAAACCCCAUAGACGUAACUACUCUUACACCUCCCAAACCGAAGCGCUUGAUCUUGAAAGAUCCACGCACUCAACAUUCCAAGAAGUUGUCUCGAACCCAAUCUUCAACUUCUACAAUCAACACAAUCAAUACAAUCAACACAUAUUCCACUGUUUCUUCCAAUAAUUCAGACACCUACGAAGCUCCUAAUGCUACUGGAACCAACACUAAUGGCUCUAAUAACCCAUCACCCAAGCCCAAUGUAGUGUUGCCUGGUUUAGAUAAAUCUUCUAUAAAGCCAGAGACGAUUAAAGUCUGUCUUGAGAUUCCUCAACGAGGCUAUUUGCGUGGAGAAUUGAUACCGAUUAAACUCUCGAUCAGCCACCUCAAGAAGAUCCAGGACUUGCAUGGAAUUAUAAUUACCCUUGUAAGAGUCUGUAGAUUGGAUAACGGCACAGAGUCCUUUUUUGAGUCGUUCAGAAAGGAUCUUCAACAACUGGUUCUUCCCAUUUUCGUAGAUCCUGUGACCUUCCAGUCUGAAAUCAAUACCAGUGUUCGAGUCCCAGCAGAUGCCUUUCCGACUAUUCUGGGAUGUCCGUUGGUAUCUUUCCAGUACUUUAUUGAAGUUUUGGUGAACUUGUCAGGAAAAUCGCUAGUCUUAGACAACGAUGCUCCUACAGAUCACCAUUCAGCAACCAAGAUUGUAGAUGAUCCAACGACUUUCAAUUUCAACUACAACAACUCGUUGUCUUCACAGCAUCACAAGGACAGAUCAGGAUUUAUCAAUACUGACAAAUAUAAGAGACUGAAGAAGUUCCUACAAUUGACUACUGAGGUGAUUAUAGGAACACAUCGUCUGACUUCAGAUACGAAUACGGGAGCGGGCGAGAAUGCCCAGAUCGACUUAUCGAGAAGAUCAUCUUCUCUGAUAUCGAAUCCAAACAAUUCUCCACCUAAUAUCAAUAACAAUAGCAAUAGGCAGGCUUCGUAUAUUAAUGCCAUUCCGGAGGCUGUGGAAAUGAACAAUUUCCAGUCACCUCCAUACUUUGAGAAUUUGAACCAGAGUCAAGGUCACAGCCAAACCAGACAGUUUACCCCUUUGCCUACGAACUUCAGUUCAAUACCCAAUUAUUCAGAAUUGAGUGGAUCCGGUUCGAAUGCUAUGGGAGGGUCGAUUUCUGAGAAGGAACGCUUAAGACUCCUUGAAUCGAGUUUGUUGCCUUCAGCUCCGCCUAUGGAACAAGAAGACGAUAACACCAAUAAUAAUAGUAAUAAUAGCCAGUACCAGUUCUUUACGUACCAAAACUCUUCCACCGCGACCUCACAGAUGGCAGAGAACAACGACGAACAGUAUGAUGCAAUUGACUUUGUGCCCAACUACAAUUCUGCCAGUAACGACAGACUCCUCGCUGAAGGAAGACAAGCCGGCACUGGUGCUGCUUCUACUUUGACGAGAGAAUCUGGUAGUGAUUCUGCUUCACAUGCGUAAUGCAGCAUAAGAUAGGACUAUAUAGCUAGAAAGUAUAGAUGCCAUGAAUUCAAG